GUCAUUUUGAUGAGUAAUUAAACGAAAUACGCAAAUUAAAGAUGCUGUUAGGCUAAGGUUACAAUAGCCUUAUACAAUGUACUUUAUUACUUGUAGACAAAGAAGGCGAAGGCGAAGUCGAAGAGGACAAUGACGUGGCUAUUCAAGAACCUGAAGGAAAUUCCACUUUAUCGCCUGAACAAAGAACAGAGCAGAGCGACUCUGUAGAGCCUGAAGAUAUGGCGAUCAUCAGAAAUUCAGAUUUGGAUGGUGAUGAAACCAGUGAGGACGUCAACCUAUGUGGAGGUUCACCGUCUAAGAGCGAGCAGAAGAACGUUGCUCUACCGGUGAAGAGUCUGUCUUUGGCAUGGGAACUGGGGAAAGCCCUUUGUCUGGAUGAUGACGCUAUUGUUAGUUACGUUGCACCUUUCGAUUCCGCAGCAAUGAACAGACUUGCAUGGCAACUCCUCAACAAACGGUGCAAACGUUUAGGAAUACAAGAGAAGAAAGUCCUGAUGACAAAGCUUCUUCAAGAUUACAACAUCCGGGAUUGUGAUGCAGGUCUUGAUGAAAUCUCCAAACGAAUGUGCACAACUCCAGAUCUACUUGACCUCUCCCGACGCCUUGAUCUAGCAGCUUCUGAAAUCCUGCAGGUCAUGUCCAUAUCUGUGUCCUUUCCACCAACCUUAAUACGGCACAUCGUUCUAGAAAUGCUUCAAGAAUGGGUACGACAUGGAGGAACAAGAAGGAGGCUUCUCGAAAUUGCUCAAGCUUUUCGUUUCAACGAUGCAGCAGGCGAAAUAGCAACAGCAAUGGAACACCACCCAGGUUUCCUGGACCCCUUCUCUCAUAGCAUCAUUAAUCACGACGGUGGAGAGCUGAAGCUAGAUGAACUGGACAUCAGAGUAUCCAUCCCUGCAGGAGCAAUCCCUAAAGGGAUGAGAUCUGUGGUUACUCUCAGUGUACCUAAUCGUUGUUCAUCUAAGAUUCCCCUUAAGGAUGGAGACGUUCUCAUUACUCCAGUCAUUGAAUGCUCUUUCACUCAAAAGCUUCUCAAACCCGCGACUGUCAGUCUUCCACACUGUAUCCAUCCGGAACAAAAUCAAGAUGACUUAAUAUGUCUUAGCCUCUACACCAAGCUAGGACCAGGUACAUUUGGUUACAGGAGUUUACUUCCAAAUUCAUCAAGAGAUUUCCAUAUCUCGGAGGACAUGGUUGAAUUCUCUACACAUCAUCUUCAACUCUGGGCGUUGUCAUCAAGCAACUUUCGUGGAGUUCAAUUCACCUGUGAAGUAUUUCAGCCUCGGUUUAUGCUUUCUUCACAGAAACCUACAAUGCGUAUUUGCAUAGCUCAUCCCUGCAACAGAUAUCCUGACGAUAUGUACAGAAGGCAGGGAACCUUGAUGGAACCAUUCUACCAGGUGGCGACCGUGAUCAAGUUCUCUCUUGAAUCAAAGGAAGAUGAUCUAAAGCUUGUGUGUCUUUCUGACUCAGAACAGGUUCAGAAAACUGUCCCUGUACGUUGUCUACUGAACGGAGAAUGCGACACCUUCGAGCUGCUGUCCUCACAUGCUGAGGGCGGGGCAAAGAGUAUCUGUCUACGUAUUGAGCAGGGCACAUCAACACUCGCAGAGCAACAAAUACCCAUCUCAAUAGAAGUGGAGCCAGAUGAUGAAGUCUCUGACACGUAAGUAAAUCA